CUUGUCCUUACCUCUGCUGCAUUAAGAAAGAAAAAAAAAAAUCCCAUCUUUACAAAGAAGAAACUCAAGAGCUUCUCAUUUUUUCCUCUCACUCUCAUUUUUUUUUUUUCAAGCAGUUAGAGAAAAUGGAGGCAAUGAAGAAGAAUGUCAUGUUGGCUCUUUUGGUUGUUGUUGUUGUGAUGAUGGGCUUCUCAGGCAUGCAGAAAGCAGCAGCUGCUGAUGCUCCAGCCCCAAGCCCCACUUCUGAUGCCACCACUUUCCUCCCCACUUUCUUUGCUUCUCUAGCAGCUCUGGCUUUUGGCUUCUUUUUCUGAAAGAGCUCUUCUGCUUCCCACCAUUAUCAUUCAUCACCACCAUUUUCAUUACAUUUUGGCUUACAUACUCUCUAUUUUUAAUUAUUUCUCUAUGCAUUGAUGUUCAUCUGGGGUGGGCCCUCUCUCUCUCUCUCUAGCCCAUUUUCCCAAAUGGGGUUGGAUUAUUUUUUUUCUUUCUUUCUGAGGGUUUUUAUUUAAUUAAUUACUUUUGUUAACGUGAUGUGAUUGUUGGGAUUUUUUUCUCUUGGGGUGUGAUUGAUGUGUUUGGUGGUGGCUGUAUUUGUAUUGUAAUAUAUAAGGUUCUUGUAUAUUAAGUAUUUUUUUUAAUCUUUAUGUAAUUUUUCCCUUUUGGUUUAGUGGGAAUGUUGGGUGGCUACUGGCUAGUCUUCUAUAGGCUAAUAAGGAGAUCAUGAUGGGGAGUAUGAUGCACUUCUAGAGUUGGACAGAUGGUGGAUUUGAUCUGUUCAUGCACUUCUAGAGUUGGAUAGAUGGUGGAUUUGAUCUAUUCAUUGUACUACUAUUUUUAAUUCUCUUCUCAUUGUAUUUGUGAUCCAUUUUAUGGUAAUAAAAUUCCAUUCUUGUAAUCC